AUGCAACCUCCUAAAACGGUCAAGGAAAUUCAAUCACUUAACGGAAAGUUGGUAGCUCUCCAUCGCUUCAUUUCAAAAGCGGCCGAUCGCACGAUACCGUUCAUGAACGUAUUGAAAAAGCGAACUGGAAAGGGUCAGAUAGAAUGGACACCGGAAGCCGAUUCGGCGUUCCAAGAACUAAAAAUUUGUCUUGGGUCUCUACCCAUUUUGACCGCGCCAAUCACUGGAGAAACCGUCACUGUUUAUCUCUCCGCUUCACAUUUCGCUAUAAGUGCAGUACUUGUGGUACACCGAGAUCAAGCACAAAUACCAGUUUACUACGUGAGCCGCAUCCUGAAAGAUUACAAAACUCGGUACCCGGUAAUAGAGAAACUGGCACUUGCUUUGGUUCAUGCAUCCAGACGCCUCCGAAGAGGACCGGUAAAAGGUCAAGCUGUGGCGGACUUUCUUGCAGAAGUACCGGUCGGAGAAAAUGUCAAAGAAAAAUCAGCUCUUCCAAAAAUAUGGAACUUGUAUACAGACGGAGCUUCCAGCAAGGAAGGGUCAGGGGCCGGUUUGAUACUGAUAGACCCGGAAGGGAUAGAGUACACUUAUGCCCUACGUUUCGAGUUUAAAACUUCGAACAAUGAAGCGGAGUAUGAAUCCCUCCUCGCAGGACUCCAAACCGCGGCCAAAGCUGGUGCAACCUCCGUACUGGCCCAUGUCGACUCGUUACUCGUUGCCAACCAGGUUAAUCAAGAAUACGAAGCACGGGAAGAAAAUAUGAUCCGGUAUUUGAGCCAAGUCAACAGUCUGAUCUCCACGUUCGACUCCUGCAAAGUAGUUCAUAUACCGCGGAGGAAAAACAAGAAAGCCGAUGCUUUAAGCAAACUCGCCUUCGUAACAUUCUGUCACCUAUCAAAAGAAGUGCUAGUUGAAACUUUGCAAGCUCCGGCCAUCCAUCAAGCAUCCGUGAUGUCAAUCUCCGUGAAAGAAAGAUCAUGGAUAACUCCGAUCUUGGAAUAUCUGAAAGAUGGAAAACUACUGGAAGAAAAAGCACAGGCCCGGAAGCUGAAGGUGAAAGCGUUGCAGUAUCAGGUUCAUGAUGGGCAACUUUACCGAAAGACCUUCCUAGGUCCACUCCUCAAAUGUCUAACUCCGGAAGAAGCUAGUUACGUCAUAAGAGAAAUCCACUGGGGUGAUAUGCGGCAUCCACUCCGGACCAAGGAUGGUCGUAGCCAAGGCUAUGAAUGCCGGAUAUUUCUGGCCGGGUGA